GGAAGUCUCUCUGGUCUCUGGUACUCGAUCAGUUUGAGGAUUUACUGGUGCGGAUAUUACUGCUCGCUGCCUGCAUCUCUUUUGUGUUGGCCUGGUUUGAAGAGGGAGAGCAAACUAUCACAGCAUUUGUGGAACCAUUUGUUAUUCUGUUGAUCCUGGUAGCAAAUGCGAUCGUGGGUGUUUGGCAGGAGAGGAAUGCAGAGAAUGCGAUCGAGGCGCUGAAGGAAUAUGAGCCCGAGAUGGGGAAGGUUUAUCGGCAAGAUCGGAAAAGCGUUCAAAGGAUCAAAGCCCGCGACAUCGUUCCUGGAGAUGUGGUGGAGGUUGCAGUUGGAGACAAGGUGCCUGCUGAUAUUAGGAUCACCUCCAUCAAAUCAACAACAUUGCGUGUGGAUCAAUCAAUCCUCACAGGAGAAUCCGUUUCUGUCAUCAAGCACACCGACCCCGUGCCUGACCCUCGAGCUGUCAAUCAGGACAAGAAGAACAUGCUGUUCUCGGGCACCAACAUUGCAGCUGGGAAGGCUAUUGGAGUUGUGGUAGCCACCGGGGUGAACACUGAGAUCGGUAAGAUCCGCGAUGAAAUGGUGGCAACAGAGCAGGAGCGGACACCACUGCAGCAGAAGCUUGAUGAGUUUGGGGAGCAGCUCUCCAAGGUAAUCUCCAUCAUCUGUAUUGCUGUGUGGAUCAUCAACAUCGGACACUUCAACGACCCAGUCCACGGGGGCUCCUGGGUUCGCGGUGCAGUCUAUUACUUCAAGAUUGCUGUGGCACUGGCUGUGGCUGCCAUUCCUGAGGGACUGCCUGCUGUUAUCACCACCUGCCUGGCACUGGGUACUCGUCGCAUGGCCCGCAAGAAUGCCAUUGUCCGCAGCCUGCCCUCUGUCGAGACACUGGGCUGUACCUCAGUCAUCUGCUCUGACAAAACUGGCACAUUGACUACCAACCAGAUGUCUGUCUGCCGGCUGUUCAUCGUGGAGAAGCUGGAGGGAGAUCACUGCACUCUGAGCGAGUUCACGGUCACUGGCUCUACCUACGCACCUGAUGGUGAAGUAUUGAGGAACGGGCAUGUGGUCCACUGCGGGCAGUACGAUGCCCUGAUCGAGCUGGCUACCAUCUGUGCCUUGUGUAAUGACUCGUCACUGGAUUAUAAUGAGGUGAAAGGGGUGUAUGAGAAGGUGGGCGAGGCAACCGAGACUGCCCUAUGCUGCCUGGUGGAGAAAAUGAAUGUGUUUGACACUAACCUCAAAGGCCUGACCAAGGUGGAGAGGGCCAACGCAUGCUGCUCGGUCAUCAAACAGUUGAUGAAGAAGGAGAUAACCCUGGAGUUCUCUCGGGAUCGCAAGUCGAUGUCUGUACUCUGCUCUCCUAACAAACCCAGCCGUACCUCAGCUGGAGCUAAAAUGUUCGUCAAGGGUGCUCCCGAGGGAGUGAUCGAGAGGUGCCGCUUUAUUCGGGUGGGCUCUGAGAAAUACCCUCUGACAGCUAACGUGAAGGAUCAGCUCCUGGCAGUGAUUCGGGAGUGGGGAUCAGGUCGUGAUACGCUCCGGUGCCUAGCCUUGGCAACCCGGGACCAUCCCCUGAAGAAGGAACAGCUGAAGCUCGAGGACCCCAGCUUAUUUGCUGAGUAUGAGAUGGACCUGACCUUUGUGGGUUGUGUGGGGAUGUUGGAUCCACCUCGGAAGGAGGUUACCAAUUCAAUCCGGCUCUGCCGCCAGGCAGGAAUCCAUGUCAUCAUGAUCACUGGCGACAACAAGGGCACAGCGGUGGCUAUCUGCCGGCUGAUUGGCAUCUUUGGGCUGGACGAGGAAGUGGGCCUCAAGGCUUUCACCGGCCGAGAAUUUGAUGAGCUGAGCCUGUCUGCCCAGCGCGAGGCUGUUCAGAAUGCUCGCUGCUUCGCUCGUGUCGAACCAUCCCACAAAUCCAAAAUCAUCGAGUUCCUGCAGUCACUGGAUGAGGUCACUGCCAUGACGGGUGACGGAGUGAACGAUGCUCCAGCCCUGAAGAAGGCAGAGAUCGGAAUCGCCAUGGGAUCAGGCACAGCGGUGGCCAAGAGUGCCUCAGAGAUGGUGCUGGCUGAUGACAACUUUGCCACCAUAGUGGCUGCAGUGGAGGAAGGCAGGGCCAUUUACAACAACAUGAAGCAGUUCAUUCGCUACCUCAUCUCUUCCAACAUUGGGGAGGUGGUCUGUAUUUUCCUGACGGCCGCUAUGGGUAUUCCUGAGGCUCUGAUCCCCGUGCAGCUGCUGUGGGUGAACUUGGUGACGGAUGGACUGCCGGCCACAGCUCUAGGCUUCAAUCCUCCCGACCUGGACAUCAUGAGCAAACCUCCACGCAGCCCCAAGGAGCCUCUCAUCAGCGGCUGGCUCUUCUUCCGUUACUUGGUUAUCGGGGUUUACGUGGGAGCUGCCACCGUUGGGGCUGCCGUCUGGUGGUUCAUGGCUGCCAAGGAUGGACCACAGGUCACCUUCUACCAGCUGAGUCACUACCUGCAGUGCAGUGUGGAGAACCCCCAUUUCCAGGGAGUGAACUGCCGAGUCUUUGAAUCACCGCACCCAAUGACCAUGGCCCUGUCUGUCCUCGUCACCAUCGAGAUGCUCAACGCCCUCAACAGCCUGUCAGAGAACCAGUCGCUGCUGAAGAUGCCUCCAUGGGUUAACGUUUGGCUGCUGGGAGCGAUUUGCCUCUCCAUGGCUCUGCAUUUUCUCAUCCUGUACAUCGAACCGCUGCCGCUGAUCUUCCAGAUCCGGCCCCUGCACACUCUGCAGUGGAUCAUGGUGUUCAAGCUCUCACUGCCAGUCAUUCUGCUGGACGAGACCCUCAAGUUCGCAGCCCGAAACUACAUCGAACCACCCAAAGAGGCCGAAGGGCUGAACAGGCACAAGAGCAGCCUGGCAUCGUGGCUGGAAGGGGUCUCCUGGAGUUUCAUCCUGGUAGUUGGCCCUUUGGUGGUCUGGCUAUACAGCACAGACACAAACAUCACCAACGUGCUGUGGUCCUGAUCAGGGCAACGGGGAGCUGGCUGUAGGAGCACGGACAGAGGGAGAGCCGGAGAGGAUAAAACCCAGGACCGCACAGCAAGGCAAACCACCAGACAAACACGGGAGAACGGGGUGAGGAGAGGAGGGGGAGGGGGAACAGGGAUGGAGCUGGGACUGUGGGGGUGCUGGAUUGUGGGAAACCUUCAUUUUCUCAAUGUAAGAAAACCUUGUGGGCCGUGUUGUGUUUGGGGAUUGAUUGGCACAGAGCAGGGGAGAGAGACAGACCAAGAGGCUGGUCCUUACACAUCACUGCAGGGUGGCCCUGGGGCGGGGCCUUCAGAGGUCACACCGGGAGGUGAGUGGCUUCGUCAUAAGGCUGUCACGGAUCCAAUGCACAGACUCCCCCACUCACUUCAUAACAAUAGGUAUAACCCAGCAAGGGCAGAAUGGAUUCCUGCUCAGCACCCUCUCUCUCUGCUUUCCUCCUUCCGUUCCCCACAGGGAAGAUCUAAAACUACGCCACCCACAACCAACCAUUAGGAUCCAAUAACUCCCUGGGAUAGAGAGAGGGGUGGCAAAUCAGCCGGGGUUCCUGCUCCUGAUCCCUGUCUAGUGAUCCCUGGGUUGGAGAGAGGGAAGAAGGAGGUUUAAUCAGCCAGGGUUCCUGCUCCUGGUGGUGUAUGUUGCGCUAGUGACCUGUUCCUCCAGUGCCUCUUGCUCUGGCUUCCUCGACACUCUUGGGCCCUCUGUCCGUCCCUCCCUCCCCUCCCUCCCUCAGUACAGUCUGUUCUCCCAGCAGCCUUGCCCUGAGAGAGGCAGGGCUGGAAGCCCAGGCAGGGCUGGAAGCCCAGCCAUGGGCCAUCUCUCUGGUGUGUUCCCUUGCAGCCUUUAUUUAUUUUAGUUAAUGAACACAAAGUCAUUUCAGGAACUAAGCCCAUUCUUCCUCCACUACAUGUCUAACUCAGUAACACACUAUUUUGGUUGUACAGGUUUUAACUAUAUAUUUGCAUAAUAACUGGUCCAGAGUUAGCACCAGCCACAAACAGAAGAUAAAAGAUGGCUCUGUCCCUGGCUCCAUUUCACUCUCAUUUCAUUCUCUGUCUUUCCUCUUCCUUUGUCAGUCUCUUUUUCUUACAUCUUUUUCACACUGUCUGUGUCUCUAUCUUCCUCUUCAGUUCACUUUCUGUUUAUCUCUUCCCCUUUCUAUUUUUUCUCUGUACUUCCUCUCUCUCUCUCUCUCUCUCUCUCUCUCUCUCUCUCCCCCCCCCUCUCUGUAUGUCCCCCUGUCUCCCUCCUUUUCCCUUCCCCUGCCCCCGUCUCUUUCUCACACCCAAUCUCUACCUCAACUCUUUCUCCCUGUCUCUGCAUCACUCCCACUCCAUUCUCUCUCUCUCUUCCCCUUUCCUUUUCUUUCUCUCCUGGUCUCUGUCCCGCCCACACUCGCUCUCUCUGUCUGUUGGAACUUGUUGGGUGGACUCCAUUUUAGGUUGAAAGGUCUGAGAGACCCUGCCGAAUGAUGUCGACAGUUUGGGGAGAGAGAGGGUGUUUGGGUCUUGAUUCUGUCUGUGCUUCAAUGUGGUCACUCCUCAGCUAUGUCUGAAGAAACCUGAACUAGAGACUCAGUGAAUUAACCCCGUCCCCAUUGAUCCCUGCCCAAUCCUGUCUGCACACUCCUCCCUCCUGAGUGUAGCGAUCAUUUACCUGUCGUGCGGAGCCCUCAGUGAGUGAGGGAUUGACUGACCCUCACACGCUCAGUUCCAUUUCUUCCCCACUGCUUGAGGAGUUUAUAAUAUGAUGUUGGUGUGUUUCAAUUAGGUUGUGUUGUAAUUCAGGGAUACCCUAACGUCCCCCCACUUCCUCUCAUGGCCAGGAGCUCUUUUGAGAGCCAGUCAUGGACUGGUCACCGUCAGUGGAGGGGCAGAGAGGCUGGGCUCUCUGAUGGUACGGCAGCUUGGCACAAAUUUGAACAUCUCCCCGAGAGACUAUCUCCCCGAGAGACUAUCUCCCCCCGCAUUGGGACUGUUCUCAUUCCCCCACCCUCCGAAGCACAUACAUACACUCACAAACAUACACCAAUCGUUGAUCAGAUUGUUUUUAAAUGUAAGAGAACUUAAUAAAAAUGAAUUAUAAUCAA